AGUUAGUUCACUUUUUGGAAGGAAUAUACACCCUACCCUAGUUAGCAACAUCCUAUUCAUUAUUUAGCAGGCAUACACACCUUACCUAGCAAAAAUCAUUACUUGGAAGGCAAUACACAGAGAGAUUAGCACUGCAUCAACCUAUUAACUAAUAAGGUUUCAUCGAUUUAAUGUACCCACUCAUGGUCCUGUGGCAUGCAUUUCAUUGUUUUAUUCAAUUCCUAUUAUUUCCCAGGAGGAUUGCUAGGAUUUAGUUAAAACUAGAACUGAGACCCAACCAAAUCAUGAACUAAACCCCAACCAAACCCUCUAAUCUAAACAUAUGGAAAUGGUCCCUUCUAUAUAAGAUCAUUUCAACCUAUCAACAACAAUAUUUAUACAAGCAAGAGCUGGCUCACAGCAAUCCCAGACCAACAACAUUUCACCAUGAAGACUUCAUGCCGCAGCAAGUCCUCCCUAUCCUCCAAGAUGAGAAUAGAAGCAUUUGCCCUCCAGAUAUUCUGCCUCGUGUCUGCACAUGGGGCAAUUGCUGAUCAGGCUGCUCGGAUCCUGCAGUUCUCCACGUCAAGAAUGGAGAUGCAGUGUCACCACCAAGACAGCAAGGUGCAUAGGAGAUCACACAUCGAUCAUGCAAUGAAGGUGAGCCCACAGGAUGGAAUGAAGGAGGCAGAUAAGGUCAGUGAACUUCCUGGUCAGCCAGGGAGAGCUCUAUUUGAUCAGUAUGCAGGCUAUGUCACGGUUAAUUCGACAUCUGGGAAGGCCCUAUUUUACUACUUUGCUGAGGCUGCUGAAGAUCCUUCCACUAAGCCAUUGGUCUUGUGGCUGAAUGGAGGGCCAGGAUGUUCUUCUCUGGGUGGAGCUAUGCUUGAAAUUGGACCUUUCUUCGUUAAUAGCGAUAACAGGACACUGUCCACAAACAAGUAUGCAUGGAACAAUGUGGCAAACAUGCUCUUCCUUGAGAGCCCUGCUGGUGUCGGCUUCUCAUACUCAAACACAACUUCAGAUUACAAUAACACCGGUGACAGCAGUACUGCGACAGAUUCAUACACCUUCCUCGUCAAUUGGCUCGAGAGGUUCCCAGAAUACAAAGGUCGCGAUUUCUUCAUAACCGGUGAAAGUUAUGGUGGCCACUACAUACCACAGCUCGCCAACACCAUAUUGUCGAAUAACAAGAUCACGAAUGCCCCAUUCAUCAAUCUUAAAGGAGUUGCUAUUGGAAAUGCGUACUUAGAUGAUAACACGAAUACAAGAGCAACCAUGGAUUACUUCUGGACACACGCUAUGAUCUCAAGAGAAGCUCACCAAGCUGUUCAGAAAAACUGCAGCUUCAAUGGAACAUACACAGGGGGAUGUCGAACCGCGAUAACAGCAGCCAACAUGGAGCUGGGCAUCAUCGAUCCAUACAACAUCUACGCAUCCGUGUGCUGGAAUGCUUCCAAUCCCCAAGAGCUGCAUGGCAUGGCAGCCAACACUGACCCCUGUGCCCUUUACUACAUCCAAACUUAUCUGAACAACCCCGAGGUACAGAGGGCACUUCAUGCUAACACCACUGGAUUGAAGCGGCCGUGGACGGAUUGCAGGACCAGUGACAUUAUCACUCCUGAAAAUUGGAAAGAUGCACCAGUCUCCAUGCUACCAUCUAUCCGGCGACUGAUCUCAAGUGAAGUAAGCACGUGGUUGUACAGUGGUGAUGUUGAUUCAGUGUGCCCAGUAACUUCGACACAGUACUCAUUAGACCUUCUUGGGCUACCAACAAAUUCAUCUUGGAGGUCAUGGUACUCCGACGAUGAUCAGGUUGGUGGCUAUGUUAUCGGGUACAAAGGUCUGGUGUUUGCAACAGUCAGAGGAGCUGGACAUAUGGUUCCUACAUACCAACCUCGAAGGGCACUAACCUUGUUCUCAUCAUUCCUGCAAGGGAAGCUGCCCCCUGAAUGACCAGAACUUUGCGAUCUUCUAUUUCUUCUCUUGUUAUUUAUAGUGAAAGAGAGAACGAUUUUCAUCAGAAAUAAAACUGUUAUGUAUUAACCAGCCGAUAUCACGUAUGGAGCUGCUUUCAUCAAAGGAAGUACAGGAAGUCGUGUAACAGGAAAUUCUAAAUGCUAACUGAAACAGGUUUUUUGUUU